GCCAAGGUAAGGUUGGAAAAGCACAACACUCAAGUUUCAGAGUGCAAGAAUCGGGCAGUUAUCCCAUUACACCUCCGAUAUUAUCGACUUCUACAGUAUAAUUAUUUUCAGGCAAUAAUUCUCACUGAACCGCGAUGUGGCAAACUCGUCUUGCCACGGCAUCACUGCUUCUGGUCGUUGCGCACGCACUGAAUUGCCCUGAGAAUUACCAUGAAAUCGGGAGCGGCUGCGUGCUCGCCCCUGCCGAGCGGUUGCCCGCGCUUGAGGCUCAGAGCCUCUGUCAUGACCUGCAAGGAGAACUCGCCACCCUAGACCGCUGCGACAUUUUCACGGACGCUGUGCACUACCUUGAAGAAACAGGUGCGAUGUACAACAGUUACUGGAUCAGAGGAACGUACUCAGUGACCCGAGAUGAAUGGCAGUGGAGGGACGGUUCUGUUGUAGCCAUGGGGGCACCCUUCUGGGGAACGGCUGGCGGAGGCAAUUGGGAGCCUUAUGGGGGCGACUGCGCUGCGAUUUUCAAUGGAGAUAAUCCCUACAUGGGGGCGUUUGGUUGCAUAGCAGAGUUUCUUCACAUCUGUGAAGGGCCACCAACUGCAGAGGGCCAUUGCAACCUCCCUUUCACGGCGGUAGGAAGUCAGUGCCUGAGCUUUGAAGGUUCAGCCUUGCAGUCAUGGGAGGCGUCGAGAAAUAUCUGCCAGGCGGAUGGUGGCGAUCUGGUCACAUUCGAUAAUUGCGAGCAGUUCGGAGUAGUGGCUAAUUACAUCCUCGAGCAAGAUUUGCAGCACAUACACCAAUACUGGGUGGGUGGCUACCUGGUAGACUUGACGAAGCACUGGUUUUGGCUCGACGGUUCCUCGAUUCCUAUGGGACUUCCUUAUUGGGGUCAGUUCAACCCCGGAAAAUUGCUUCCCGACAACCCGACAGUCGAGUGGUGUCUGGAACUCGGUUAUGAAUAUCGGCAUCGGUUCAACGAUCUUGACUGCCUAGAGUUGCGCCGGCCGCUCUGCAUGGCAUCACCAGUUGAAUGACAACUUAUGGCAUGAAUCACAUUUUCAUUGCACAAUCAUAAUUUUUAAGGUAAAAAAUUUCAGAGAAUUCCAUAGCGAAUACCAGAGGAUGCCAAUACCAUAAUAUUUGAACAUGUGAUCUCGAGACCGCUGGUGAAGGUAAGAAAAAAUGAACACGGAGCUGCUCAUCUUUGCUUUCGAUAUAAUAAUGGCAUUCAAUUAAUACUGUAUAUGAAAGCAGGUAAUUCAAAUUUAAUGAAUUUUCUGAAGAUGAGCUCGUAGUCGCGCGUAUCAUUGUUGGGGUCAGUUAAAUAAAUAAACAUUACAAUAAAUUGGCUGAAAAUUU